UUUGCAUGUCGCUUUACUUUUGUUAUUAUUUGUUAUUUCUUUACUUUUAUUUCUUGUUUUAAAUUGCUUUUCUUUGAGCGGAGGAUCUAUCGAAAAUAGUCUCAAAUUUCCUACUUGGUAGGACACUAAGUAGUGUCCACUCCACUCUUAUGGGAUGGGAUUACAUUGGUUAUGUUGUUGUUGUUGUUGUUGCAUGUGGCUUUAUUUUGCUUAUUCGGCAAUUUUUUUUUUCUUUUUUUUUUUUAAAAAGCUGAGAUUAUUUUUCCUGUUUUGAUUGUAGUUUCAAGUGAUUGCCACUGGUUUCUGAUUACACUCAUGGUUUUGGGGUUUCUUUUUAUUAUUGAAUGUCUUCUUAUUUGGCUAUUGGCUUGGGUUUUCUUUUUGAAGUAAUUCUUUUAGUUUGAAAGUAGAGGGAUUUGUGUGAGAGGAGUGUUUUAAGUUUCUUCUUAUUUGGCCUUUUGGCUUGUUUUGAGUAUUUAGCCAAAACAAAAAAAAAAUGUUUUUUUUAAGUUUUUCUUUUUAUAUCAAUUUCACUUCUCCACAAGAUGCUGCUACUGCAAGGGAGUUAUUGAAUUUUACGCAAGUGAAUGGAAAACCUAUGAGGAUAAUGUUUUCUCAUAGAGAUCCUAGUCUGCGAAAGAGCGGAUAUGCAAAUGUUUUCAUUAAGAACCUGGACUCAUCAAUAGAUAACAAGGCUUUGCAGGACACUUUUGCUGCCUUUGGAACAGUUCUUUCCUGCAAGGUUGCUGUUGAUAGUAAUGGUCUAUCAAAAGGAUAUGGAUUUGUACAAUUUGAUCAGGACAAAGCUGCACAGGAUGCGAUCAACCGGCUAAAUGGUAUGUUGAUAAAUGAUAAACAAGUUUAUGUUGGCCACUUCAUCCGUCGACAAGAAAGGAGUCGAACAAAUGCUUCCGAUAAAUUCACAAAUAUCUAUGUGAAAAAUCUUCCUGAAACUACCAGUGAUGAGGAUCUUAAGAAGCUUUUUGAGAAGUACGGCACCAUCACCAGUGCUUUAGUCAUGAAAGACACAAAUGGGAAAACCAGAUGUUUUGGCUUCGUAAAUUUUGAGACCUCGGAAUCUGCAGCCUCUGCAGUUGAACAGUUGAAUGGCAGUUCUCUGAAUGAAAAAGUUCUGUUUGUCGCCAAGGCACAGAAGAAAUCAGAGCGGGAAGCAGAUCUUAGAGCCAAAUUUGAACAAGAAAGAGCUAGUCGAUUUGAGAAACUAAAAGGUGCUAACUUGUAUUUGAAAAAUCUGGAUGACAGUGUGAAUGAUGAAAAUCUGAAAGAAUUAUUCGCAGAGUACGGAACCAUAACAUCCUGCAAGGUGAUGCACGAUGCAAAAGGGGUGAGCAAGGGUUCUGGCUUUGUUGCCUUUUCGACCCCAGAGGAAGCUACACGAGCUUUGAAUGAGAUGAAUGGCAAGUUGAUAGGAAAGAAACCUUUAUUUGUUGCUGUUGCCCAGCGCAAGGAUGAAAGAAGAGUGUGGCUACAGGCACAUUUUGCUCGGAUGAGACCGGUUGGGGGAAUGGCUCCCCCUCCUGGAGGAAUGCCUGGGUUUCACAAUGGGGCACCUCGACUUGCUCCUCAGCAGGCCUACUUUGGUCAAGGCGCUCCAGGAUUUAUAGCACCUCAAGCUGCUGGAUUUGGCUUCCAGCAACAACUCAUGCCUGGAUUUCGUCCAGGUGUUGGCCUGAAUUUCCUCUUGCCCUAUCAGCUUCAGCAUCAAGGACAACACGGACGUGUUGGUGGUAGGAGAGGAGGGAAUUCUCAACCACAGCAGCAGCAGUGGAACUCCGGUAGAUUCAAUCUGAAUGGACGAAAUGGCAUGCAUCCUAGCAUCCCUCAAGGUAUGGUGGGACCAAUUAUGUCAGCGCCAUUUGAUGCUGCUUCUGGUAUGACAACUCCUCCCUUGGACAUCCAACGCUCUAACCCGGUGCCACCGUCAACACUUGCUUCUUCUUUGGCCUUUGCUUCUCCAGAAGAUCAGCAUAUGAUGCUCGGAGAGCAGUUAUUUCCACUUGUGGAAUGCAUUGAACGUGAUCAUGCUGGUAAAGUUACUGGUAUGUUGCUUGAGAUGGAUCAGACUGAGGUGCUUCAUCUCAUAGAGUCCCCUGAUGCUCUCAAGAAGAAAGUCUCCGAGGCUAUGGCUGUUCUUCGCUUGGUCCCACCAGGUUCUAGUGUUGGUGAUAAAUUUGGAUCACUCACCCUGAAUGGAUGAAGCAAAUUUUUAUCUUUUGGCACAUGGAAAUGUCCCUAAAUUGGCCCGUAUUUUUGGAAGGGGUAAUGGUGGUGACUUAGGGAAUCUGUUUUGGCUGUGGUAUUAAAUGAUAUUCUUUGUAGGCUUCUAAGUUUAGCAAAGAGGGCUUCUUUGAAUGAUAACUAGGAGUUUAUUUUGCUCUCUUGAUUAGAUUGUUUCAUUCUAUUUUACUUUUUUUGGGGAUUUCACUUUUAACUUUUUGUUUCCUGGGAAAUCAUAUACUUUCUAGACUUGCAAUUCAUGGUUGUUUUGUUUGACUACAA